AUGGUUCGGCCACACGCGGAAGGCUUCUGUUACGGAGAAUCUGACUUUGAAUUGAUGAAACGAACGCUCAAUUCUCUCAAGUCCUGUGGGGCUGACGGCUUCGUCUUCGGGAUUUUGAAUCGAUCCCCACAAAUGUCCUGUGAUCCGAAUUUGUCAUGGGUCGAUGUAUCCCGGAAUAAGCAGCUCGUUCAACUAGCUGGCGGGCGGCCCUGCACGUUCCAUCGCGCUUUUGAUCUCAUUCCCGAGUCUCACUGGGAGAAGGCAUUGGCCGAUAUCACGGAGUGCGGGUUUGCAUCAAUUUUAACCAAUGGCGGUCCUUCUGGAACAAAAGCAACCGAAUGCAUGGACAAGCUGCAGACCUUAGUACGUUACAAAACGCAACUCCAACGGGAACGAAAAAUUCGAGGCAACAGAGUUCCAGAAAUUAUUGUUGGAGGUGGUGUGAGGGCAUCAAACAUAGGCUUGCUCCAGAGCAUCACCGGUGCCUCAGCCUUUCAUUCUGCUGCUCUCCCGGCCUCGGAAGCGGUGACCUCCGCAAAGGAGGUGUUCAACAUGAAAGGUGAGAUAGCGCAGGCAUGGGAGGCAGAUAGAAAGGCGCAAUAA